UGCUGCGGCCACCGGCGGCGGUGGUGCUGGUGGCGCCGCUGUCCGUGGUGCUGAAGGCGCUGCCGCUCCCGCUGCCUGGGCGCCCGGCCGCCCUCCCGAUGGAAGAGAUGGAGGAGGAGCUGAAGUGCCCGGUGUGCGGCUCCUUCUACCGGGAGCCGCUGAUCCUGCCCUGCUCGCACAACCUGUGCCAGGCCUGCGCCCGCAACAUCCUGGUCCAGACGCCCGAGGCCGACUCGCCGCAGAGCCGCCGCGCCUCGGCCAGCACGGCCUCCGACUACGACUACCUGGACCUGGACAAGAUGAGCCUCUACAGCGAGGCGGACAGCGGCUACGGCUCGUACGGCGGCUUCGCCAGCGCGCCCACCACCCCGUGCCAGAAGUCGCCCAACGGCGUGCGCGUCUUCCCUCCGGCCGUGCCCCCCGCGGCCGGCGGAACGGGCCACCACUUGGCCCCGGUUUUUGAAAAUGUAACAUUUCUCAUCCCGCAGUGCCACCGCAGCCUGAUCCUGGACGAGCGGGGCCUGCGCGGCUUCCCCAGGAACCGGGUGCUGGAAGGGGUGAUCGACCGCUACCAGCAGAGCAAGGCGGCCGCCCUGCGCUGCCAGCUGUGCGAGAAGGCGCCCAAGGAGGCCACCGUCAUGUGCGAGCAGUGCGACGUCUUCUACUGCGACCCGUGCCGCCUGCGCUGCCACCCUCCGCGGGGCCCGCUGGCCAAGCACCGCCUGCUGCCCCCGGCCCAGGGCCGGGUCAGCCGCCGCCUCAGCCCGCGCAAGAUCUCCACCUGCACCGACCACGAGCUGGAGAACCACAGCAUGUACUGCGUCCAGUGCAAGAUGCCCGUCUGCUACCAGUGCCUGGAGGAGGGCAAGCACGCCAGCCACGAGGUCAAGGCGCUGGGCGCCAUGUGGAAGCUCCACAAGAGCCAGCUCUCCCAGGCCCUGAACGGACUCUCAGACAGAGCAAAAGAAGCCAAAGAGUUCCUGGUGCAGCUACGGAACAUGGUGCAGCAGAUUCAGGAGAACAGUGUCGAGUUCGAAGCCUGCCUGGUGGCGCAGUGCGACGCCCUCAUCGAUGCCCUCAACCGGAGGAAAGCCCAGCUGUUGUCCCGGGUCAAUAAGGAACACGAGCACAAGCUGAAGGUGGUGCGUGAUCAGAUCUCUCACUGUACCGUGAAGCUGCGUCAGACAACAGGUCUCAUGGAAUACUGUUUGGAAGUCAUCAAGGAGAACGAUCCUAGUGGAUUCCUACAGAUCUCUGAUGCUCUGAUCCGAAGGGUUCACCUGACCGAGGACCAGUGGGGGAAAGGGACGCUCUCCCCGAGGAUGACAACGGACUUUGAUCUCAACCUGGAUAGCGCCCCCUUGCUGCAGUCCAUCCAUCAGCUCGACUUCGUGCAGAUGAAAACUUCCUCCCCAGUGCCGGCGCCCCCGAUCCUGCAACUGGAAGAGUGUUGCACCCACAACAACAGUGCCACCUUGUCGUGGAAACAGCCGCCUCUGUCUACCGUGCAGGUGGAAGGAUACAUCCUGGAGCUGGAUGAUGGGAAUGGCGGUCAGUUCCGGGAGGUGUAUGUCGGGAAGGAGACCAUGUGCACCGUAGACGGGCUGCACUUCAACAGCACCUACAGCGCCCGGGUCAAGGCGUUCAACAAAAGUGGGGUCAGCCCGUACAGCAAGACGCUGGUCCUGCAGACUUCAGAGGGUGAGUGGAGGCUUCCUUCAAGAGACUCGGAACCCGAGGAGCAGGCCUUGACCUUCCCGGUGCCUUUGGAAAGGCAGCAGCUCCGUCGAUCGGGCCCCUUCUCGUCUUCCACCCUUAACCUGCAAAACAGCUUCCCCGGGCGCUCUUCGUACUUUGAGCUCAGAUCCUCGUCCCACCAAAUGAGCUUACACUCUUCCCUGCAGUCUUUGCACUCCGCCGGUUUUGAGACUCAUUCGGGACCUUUCUCCCAAUUAGUUGAUAUUAAAAAACGGGUGGCAGUGGCCUGGUUCUCCUUCGACCCCGGCACGGCCCAUUCGGACAUUAUCUUCUCCAACGACAACUUGACCGUCACCUGCAACAGUUACGAUGACCGGGUCGUGCUGGGCAAGACGGGCUUCUCCAAAGGCCUCCACUACUGGGAGCUGUCCAUCGAUCGCUACGACAACCACCCGGACCCAGCCUUCGGGAUCGCCCGCCUGGAUGUUCUCAAGGACGUCAUGCUGGGGAAAGACGAGAAAGCGUGGGCCAUGUACGUGGACAACAACCGGAGCUGGUUUAUGCACAACAACUCACACACGAACAGGACCGAAGGGGGGAUCACCAAAGGAGCGACCGUGGGCAUCCUACUUGACUUGAACCGGAGGACCGUGACGUUCUCCAUCAACGAUGACCAGCAGGGGCCGGUGGCCUUCGAGAACCUGGAAGGCGUGUUCUUCCCGGCUGUCAGUCUGAACAGGAAUGUCCAGGUGACCCUCCACACUGGCCUGCCAGUUCCGGAUUUCUACCAUACUCGGGGUGCCCUACAGUAAGGAGGCUGUGCGACGCGCCCGGUGGCUUUUUCUCGGGACACCUCGAGAGAGAGAGAGAGAGAGAGAGAGCUACGCUGUCGGUUUCUUCUGGAACUGACCUCACCAGAGCAAGGAGGAGAAGAU